CACGUGAGCGAGCACAGAGGGCGCUUGAAAGACCAGUCUUACGCUCGGGCGUGACACGCGCCCCCAACCCCUGUCCUCCCCACACCGGCGUCCCAGACCUAGGCCCUGUGAGGCGCCCCAUCCCCCUGACGCCACGCCCAUCUAGCAUCUAUCCUCCCUCCUUUUGGCCCGCUGCCCCCUCGCUCGUCUUCCUCCUCGCGCACGACUGGGCUCCAGUAGCGCCGCCGCCGCCGGUUGAUCCCCCUUCGAUUAUCUUGAUCGUAUCACCUCCACGAACCGAUUCUGCCCUUUAGCUGUCCGAUCCAUCUCCCCCGGUUCGUAACCGAGGCAAAAAUCAAAGGUGCCCUACUGGCAGGAUGUCGUGGUGACCAGAAGAAAAAAAAAAUUGUGGCAUCGUGCUGCGAAGGAUCCAAAACGCCAGAAUUUUAGCCAUUCACCUGAACUGAAGCAUGGAUAAGAAGAAUCAAACCCCACAGGGUCAAAUUGCACAAGUGGUUGUUGAAUUUCUAGAGGUAGCUGUCAGCUGCAUUGUCUUCCUCAAAGGAUUCUAUCCUGCUCGUGCAUUUGAGAGGAGAAGGUACAUGAAUGUAGUUGUCCAGAAAGCAGUGCACCCCCAGCUUGUGGGCUAUAUCCACUCUGUGACUACUGGCCUUCUACCUUUCAUACAAAAGAUACAGGGACUGGUUGAGAGGGUUGUAGUCAUCUUCUACGACAAAGAGCACAUGCCAAUCGAGAAGUUUGUGUUCAAGCUUGCAGUGAACCAAUCCUUUGGCUCCAAGUUAGAGGAGUCCAGCCUGGAGUUCGCUCUGCGAGCAUUCUUGAUCAAACUUACCGUCUCCGAACCUCUCACGACCCCCCUUCCAUCAGAUAGCAGCUGGGAGAUCACGGCCUACUUUCGAUCCCUCCCCGGGGUCAGUGGCAAGGACAAGGAAGACACCGCUCAGCUGUGGAUCCCCACUGACACCAAGCUGUGGAUGCAGCCUCCCCAGAUAACACCCAUCAAGUCGAUGGGCUGCGAUCCUCUGAAGAUGCAGCUCUACCUGGAACAACCUAGCGCCACGGAGCCCAAGAAUCAUUCCGCGCCAUGAAUGGCCAGCCAUGUGCAUAUGAUGCGACAUGAUCUGGUCCAGAACAGAUGCAUCUAUCUCUCAGCGCAUGGAGGAAGACAGGGUUGAGACUGGACCUGAUUUGAUAGAAUCGAGGGGAGGAUAACAUUCCUAAGACAACGUGUUUCUGUAAAAAGCAGAGUUUCUGAAUUUGAAAAAUAUAAGGAGCCUUAGCUGUUCUAGUAUUGUAGUUUCUUGGCCCUCCUUUUAACUCAAGGAAAAGAGUGGAAACAUAACACCUUUUCAACUUGAAAAAUGCAGUCUGUAUCGUUCAAGCUUUCCUUUAACAUUUAAAUUUGCUUCUUUUUUUUGUCUAAA